AUGGCGCAAGAAAAACAACAAACCCCUGCUACUGCCGCUGAAAAAGACAAGCAGGUAACUCCAUCAGGGCCAUCCUCUAACAGGCCAUCUGGUGGUUUGUUUGAUCAAAACCUUAUGGAGGCCUUUUUCAAAUUUCAACCCACCUUGUUCAACAAGUUCCAAGAUUUUGUGAAGAGUUUUCACGAAUUCGACAGCAACCAGCGACAGCACUUGGUCGACAAUUUGGGUACUUUUUCGAAAGAGGACAACGCUAGGGGCACCUCUCGAGGACAUCACCUUGUAACUCGAGAAGAAACUCGUCCCCCUCGAGUCAAUGUACCACCGCCCCGAGUACAUUCAACCAUCGAGGAGCAAUUGCAGAAGGUUCUCGGAUCUGAAGGAGGGGAGGAGGAAGAUGACAGUCCGUUCAUCCAACGUAUCCAAGAAACACCUAUGCCCGGGAAGUUUGAACUUCCGGAUUUGAAGGCUUAUGGACGAGAUACCGAUCCUAUGGUAUUCUUGCAGAUUUAUAAGAAUGCAAUGAGAUUGAGGAAUGCUCCUAAUGAUUUCAUGUGCAAGGCGUUCCCUAUCUAUCUCAUGGGACAAGCACAACUUCCGAGGAGUAUCCGGUCAUUUUAUGAGUUAGGAACCUUAUUCCACACAAGGUUCUUCCAAGGGAAGAAGAUUCGUAAGACAAUUACAGAGUGGAUGUCCCUCAAGCAAGAUCGAGAAGAGUCUAUUAGAGCGUAUUAUUGCCGCGUCACCAAGGAACAGCUUCAAGUAGAAGGAAUAUCUGAGAAGACAAUCAUUGCAACCUUCACCAAUGGCCUUUACCCUUAUGGGGCACCCGCGACUUUGAGACAAAAGUUAACAAAGGAGCCACCACAUACCUUGUAACAACUCUUUUCAGUCGUUGAAACUGAAGUUUGAGCAGAGGAGGAUCUUCGUUGAGCAAGAGACACUGAAUAUUCGCGAGAAGCCCAUCCUCGAGAACAGAGCUAAAGGUUCGGGGGCAGAGUAUGGCUGAGACCAAAACAAGGGGCAUGAUCAAAACAAGGGGCAUGAUCUAGACAAGGGGCACGAUUGAGAAAAGUGCAAGUUCAGCAGUACAGAGUACACGCCUUUAACUCGUUCUAGAACAGAGUUAUUACAAAUCCAUAAGAACGAGCUGGAGGCCCCACCACCAAUGCUUGCUCCCCCUUAUAGACAAUCACAACAUUUAUGGUGCGAAUUUCAUAAGAUCACGGACAUAAGAUGGAAGACUGCAGUGCUCUAAAGAAUCAAAUCGAAGAAGGACUUAAGAGAGGGAAAUUCCAAGAGUAUUUACAACCUACCAGCUCUCAAGAAGACCACGGUUGAGAAGAACCUCGAAUUCAUAUCAAGUAAAGCAGUUCUUGGUAUCAAAUAAGGUUAAUUAUUAUUAGCAGUAAGAGACAAAC